UUAUCUAAUUUGUUAUCACAAUUACCAAAUUUUUCACAAUCAACUGGUAAAUUGUUUAAAAUUUGACAGGAACAUGAUGACCAAAAUAAAAUGAAAGCGAUUGUGAAAAAUUUCAUCACUAAACUACCACCAGAAAGUAUAAUCAUCAUAAUUAUACCUUCGGGAAUCACUUAACGAAAUACAGCAAAAAAACCUGAAACAAUCAAUUAUUAAUUAACUAAAUUAAUGAAACAAUAAUGUUAAAGAGUCAAAUUAGUUAAUCAACUAAGAUUGGAUUCGUCAUCAAACAAAACCAAAGCAAAUUUUCAAAGAAAAAGAAAAACCAACAAUAAGGAUAAUUAAACUUGAUUAGAAUAUUAAUCAUUUAAAGAUUAAACCAUUUGACAAAAGAAAACAAUUUAAAUCAAGAUGAUAUAAGAAAAUUAAUUGAAACAAUCAAUUCGAUUAAAUUUUUUUUCUAAAAAUUAUUUCGACUAUUUUCCAAUUCGAUAGAUGGAGUUACUUGUUUUUCUUUUUUCGGUUUCCCGCCUCAGCCGAUCAGCUGGAGACCGUUUUUUUUUGUGUUUCCAUUCAAAUGUCAUCUUAAUCUAAUCAAUUGUUUUAUCUAAAUUCCCUAAUGAACGUUUUGUUUAAUUGUCAACAAUAAUGUACAUUAAAAGUAUAACCAUCGAUGGAUUUAAAACUUAUGGUAAACGAACAGAGAUCAACGGUUUAGACCAAUCUUUCAAUGCGAUCACCGGAUUGAAUGGAUCGGGUAAAUCUAAUCUUUUGGAUUCCAUUUGUUUCGUCCUUGGCCUGGCCAAUGCAAGUCUUGCUCGGGUCUCUCAUCUUCGUGAGUUAAUUUAUAAAAAUGGACAAACUGGACUAACCAAAGCAUCGGUUUCAAUAACAUUUAACAAUUCAAACAAGAGACAAUCUCCACCCGGUUAUGAAAAUUACGAUGAAGUCACAAUUAGACGCGAGGUUACGAUGGAAAACCGAACAAGAUACUUUAUUAAUGGUUUUACUGCGCAAAACAAUCAAGUCUUAGAUUUGUUUCAAAGUGUCUCAUUAAAUAUUAGUAAUCCUCAUUUUCUAAUUAUGCAAGGAAGAAUUACUAAGGUUCUUAAUAUGAAACCUAAUGAAAUUUUAUCUAUGGUUGAAGAAGCGACUGGUUUAAGUUUAUAUGAGUCUAAAAAGAAGACAACACAAUCAACUUUAGUUAAAAAAGACUUGGCCUUAAAUAGUAUUGAUAUUCUGAUUAAUGAAACCAUUUUAACCAAAUUGGAACAAUUAACAAAGGAACAGUCAAGUCUUCUAGCUUAUCAGAAAGUUUGUAUUGAUUUGGAAAACUUGAAAAAGAUUCAUACUGCUUGGACUUUUACUAACUUGGUUAGCCUUUCGCAACAAACGGAUGCCAGAAUUAAAGAUCAGCAAAAUAAAAUCACGGAAGCAGAGGAAAAGAUUGAAUCAAUCAACGAUUCAGUUGACCAAAUCCAAGAGCAAAUUAAGCAAAGUCAAAAAGAUUCAGUUUUCCGACCUAAACUCGCUGCUUUGGAAGACCAAUUGAAAGAAGUACAAAUGGAGGAAACCAAAGUUUUAAGUGAAAUGAAUUUAAAGAAAGAUAAUCUCAAUGAAGUUUUAAAAACGAAAAGUAAUUUAGUUAAACAAAUUAAGGAAGAAUCAAAGGUGAAAUCAGUUAAAGAGAAAGAAUUUGAAAAGUUGAAUCAAGCGUUUAGUCAAUUUGAGGAGGCUCGAAGACAAGAUGAAGCUGAACUGGAAAAGGCUUCAAAAGAUUUGGAGGUUAUCGCUUCUGGUGCAAGUCGUGGUGAUGAUGGUGAAGCAGCGGCCACUCUUGCCGAUCAACUGAUGCAAUCAAAACGUGAGAUUGCCAAUUUGGACACAGAAACCGCUAAAUCCAAGAUGAAAGUUCAACAUUGUAAAUCAGAGUUGGUUAAAAAGGAAAGUGAAGCCUCAAAGAAAAAGGGAAGCUACGAUAAUGACCUUAAAUUAGUUGAACGGAUGGAAAGUGAAGUGUCAAAGUUAAAACAUGAACUCGAUUCAAUUGGAUUCGAUGAGGUGUCAAGUGAAAGUAUGUUGACAGAACGUGAAACCUUACGAAAAGAAUAUGAUCAAUUACGAUAUGAUGUGAACUCAUUGGAAAACAAAUUACCACAAAUUUCCUUUAAUUAUCGUAAACCAACUGCUGAUUUUGAUUCACGCAGAGUAAAAGGAGCCGUUUGUACAUUGUUCAAAGUUAAAGAUCCUCGCAAUUAUACUGCACUGGAAGUUGCCGCUGGUGGAAGAUUGUAUAAUAUAAUUGUUUCCGAUGAAGAAACAGCUAAACUUAUCUUGGAAAAAGGUCGCCCCGAGAAACGAUGUACACUUUUACCUUUGGAUAAGAUUCGUGGUCGUGAUGUUGACCCUCGAGCAUUGAAAAACGCUCAAUCAAUCGUUGGUAGAGACAACGUUUUCCCGGCAUUAGAUUUAAUUGAAUUUGAUCCAUCUUUAACGGAAGCGAUGAAAUAUGUUUUCGGGGAUACACUUAUCUGUCCCAACAUGGAAUGUGCCAAAAAGGUUACCUUUGCAAAGAAUGUUCAACUUCGAACUGUCACCUUGGAUGGUGAAGUUUUCGAUCCAUCAGGUACUCUUACUGGAGGUGCUAUCGGUGGUAAAGGUGCUGCUCUUUCAGCUGUUGACCAAUUGAUGAAAAAAAGAUCGAACUUUGGUAAAGUUAAAUCGCGACUCAUGGAGAUUGAAAAUAAACUUGAUUCUAUGCACAAUUCGAGGCAACAAUUUACCCAAUUAAAGCAACAAUACGAUUUAAGGUACCACGAGAUUGAAUUACUUCGAGAACGUUUAAAGACAACUAAUCAACAUCUUCUAUUGGAAGAGAUUGAAAAUUUAAAGUCAACAAUCAUCGAGAAUGAAACAUCGUUACAAGAGAUGGUCGAAAGAAAGAAAGCCGCUGAAAAGAAGGUGAAAGAAUUGGAGCAUAAGAUGAAAAAUACGGCUUCGAUUCGAGAGAAAGAGUUGGCCGAGGCAGAGAAAGCACUGGAAAAUGCGAAGAAAAAUUUCGAGAAAUCAAAGAAAGCAGCAUCGGAGAGAGAACAAUCAGUUUCAUUUCUUAAAAUGGAGAUUGAUGAAUUAAAGAAAUCACUUGAUAAUUACACGUCACAAUUAGCUGAGGUUGAUGGACGAAUAGAAAAACACCAAGAAGAAGUGGAUGAAGCGGGUAAAGCCGUCGAAGAGGCAAAAGAAAAAGUGUCAAAUGUUCAAGAGGAGAUGAAAAAAUUGAAACGUCUAAUCAACGAGCACAGUUCAGAAAUUGCUAAACUAAACAAGCAGAAGGAAAAUUUAAUCCGUGAAGGUGAAGAGAUGAAAUUGUCAAUCAAAAAGUAUCAACAUGAAAUCACACAAAUUGAAAGUGAAGGUAAAGAUGCAGAAAGGGAUCAACAGCUGAUUAAGAAAUUUCCAUGGAUUGAAGAGGAGAAGCAUUUGUUUGGAGAGGAAUCGGCUGGCUAUGGAUUCAAAAGAGCCGAUUUCAAUCCAGUUGAACUUGAUGAUCGAAUUAAAAGAUUGAUGGAUGAUAAGAAUAAAUUGUCGAAAACGGUCAACAUGAGAGCCAAUGUAAUGUUGGGUGACAAGGAAAAGGAAGCGGAAGAGUUGAACAAGAAGAGACAAAUCAUCGAGAACGAUAAGAAAAAGCUUCUUGGUUACAUGGAAGAUGUUGAAAAAAAGAAAGACGCUCUUCAAGAUGCUUGGGAAAAGAUCAACGUUGACUUUGGUAACAUAUUUUCCACCCUUCUACCUGGUGCCAAUGCGAAGCUCAUGCCGCCGGAGGGUAAAACCAUCAUGGAAGGUCUUGAGGUUAAGGUUUCAUUCGGUGAUGUUUGGAAGGAAUCGCUCACCGAACUAAGUGGUGGACAAAGGUCACUUGUUGCUCUGUCUCUUAUUCUCGCUCUUCUCUUGUACAAUCCCGCUCCGAUUUAUAUUCUCGAUGAAGUUGAUGCCGCUUUAGAUCAAAGUCACACCACGAAUAUUGGAACUAUGAUCAAGAAACACUUCACCAAUUCUCAGUUUAUUAUUGUUUCGUUGAAAGAUGAUAUGUUCAAUAACGCUAACGUUUUGUUCAGGACAAAAUUCAUCGACGGCUGCUCAACAGUUACUCGUUUCGCUAAGGGAGAUCGUUGAACAAUCAUCAUUGAUUAACGAUAAUCAAUUAAAUCCAUACAAUUAUCAUUGCAUCAAUUACUCUUUUUUUUAUAAAUGUUCAUCUUUUUUUCAUCACUAAAAACCAUUUUCAGAUUCAUAGAAAUUGAAAAAAAAUCAAUCAUAAAUGUAAUCCAAUU